GUUCCUGUACUCAUUACCCAGAGUCCUGGUACCUGUGCCAAACCUGGGUGAAAUUUCCGGCCUAACCUGGGCAGUCUAUAAAGGUUUCCACUGUGAGCAAGUUAGCAGUAUCACCAACUGGUGCUAUGGGACUCUUGUUUGUACUCCAGGGGCCGUGCCUUUGCUUCCGGUUCCGGUCUCUGGUUGGGCUCUGGGAGGGAGAGGGAGAUGCUUCGGGUUGCAGUUCUGCGUCACAGUCACAACAGUGCGGCUGCUGGAGCCAUGGCUGGAGUGCCUGCAGUCUCCUUCUCUGAACUCCGGUUACUCCUGGCUUCAGGCAGGGCCAGGCUCUUCGAUGUUCGAUCUCGGGAGGAGGCAGCAGCUGGUACCAUUCCUGGGGCGCUCAAUAUCCCUGUGUCUGAGUUGGAAAUGGCCUUGAACAUGGACCCAGCUGCUUUUCAGGCUGUGUACUGUGCGGAGAAGCCAAAGCCAGAAGACAAGAACCUUAUUUUCUUCUGUCAGAUGGGCAAGCGGGGUCUCCAGGCCACACAGCUGGCACAAGGUCUCGGAUACAGAGGGUACGACAAGCAAAAAAAGGCUUGGCUUGGCUGGGUGCUGACAGGGGACGUCUGCUGGACUGGUCCUUCCUUCAACAUUGCUUUUUCUCCACAGGGCUCGAAACUAUGCUGGGGCCUAUAAGGAAUGGCUGGAGAAAGAAGGCUAGAUAGAAGGCUUACUGGUUUGUGGCUAUUCUCGGGCCACCAUGCUGGGCCAGGCAAAUCCUUGUAGUGCUUUACACGUUUAAAACUCAAAUAAAAAGUGCAUUUAAUGAAGUAUUAGAUGCAUUUAGUUUGUCACGUGGACAAAGAAAAUGGUUCUAGUACUAAUCUAGUGCUGUGUAUCUCAGGAUCUUUGUCCAUUCACCUGGUCCCUACCACCCCAAUUAA